CGUCGUCCCGUGUGUAUUGUAAUGUACUGUACACACUCCGCUGCCCGCCGCCCGAACUUCGUGCGCCGGCGACCUUCUUUGGCCAGCGCUGCGGACCGGGUGAUAGUCAAUAAUUAGCGGUCGACCGACGAACGAAACCUUUCGCGCGCGCCGUUAAUCGCCUGUAGUCCUGAGUCCAUGCAAUAGUAUUAUGCACCGUUUUUUUGUUUGUUUUGCCGUAGUUGUCAGUUUUCCACGACGACGCGUUCCCGACUUGUAAGCUGCUCGCACCAAACCCGAAUAGGGUAGGGCGACCAUCGAUUAUUCACAAUAACGAUAAUACAUAGGAUUUAAACGUUUCGACGGUGUCAGCUGCGCGAAAUCCCUUUCGACAGUUGUGCUGCUCUCUAAAUUAUAACAUGAUGAAGUUUGGAAGCAAAAACUCCACCAAUACACCAAUCAAGUGCACCAUCCGUCUGUUGGACGACUCUCAGUUGUUGGACAGCGAAUUUCAGAUAAAUGAAAAGGGCAGUAGUUUGAUAAGUCGUAUUUGUGAACAAUUGGAUUUAAUUGAAAAAGAUUAUUUUGGUUUACGUUAUGUUGAUAGUAAACGUCAAAGGCAUUGGCUAGAACCCUCAAAAUCAAUUUUUAAACAAAUCCGAGAUAUGGAAGCAGACAAUAUAUUAUUUAGCUUCCGUGUUAAAUUUUAUCCACCAAAUCCAUUUCGUUUAAAAGAAGAUAUUACUCGUUACCAAAUUUAUCUUCAAUUAAAAAGAGAUUUAUUACAUGGUCGGCUUUAUUGUAAUACAUCUGAAGCUGCUCUACUAGGAGCUUAUAUACUACAAGCUGAACUUGGAGAUUAUAAUCCAGAAGAACAUAUUGAUAAUUAUGUAAAUGAAUUAAAAAUACUACUAAAACAAACUUUACAAUUAGAGGAGAAAAUGAUGGAUAUUCAUAAAAAUGAAUUGAAAGGUAAAACUGCAGCUGAAAUGGAAACUAUUUUUUUGAAAAAAGCAUGUGUCUUAGAUACAUAUGGCGUUGAUCCUCAUGCUGUUAAGGAUCAAAGAGGCAAUCAACUUUAUCUAGGUAUUAAUCAUACUGGAAUACUUACAUUCCAAGGAAGUAAAAAAAUGAACCAUUUCAGCUGGUCACAAGUUCAAAAAAUUAACUUUGAGGGUAAAAUGUUCAUCAUUCAUAUCAUUCUCAAUGAGGAUCAAAGAAUCAAGAAAAAGCAAACUAUUGGUUUUAAAUGUCCUAGAGGUUCUUCAUGUCGUCAUGUAUGGAAAUGUGCGGUUGAACAAAUGUUAUUUUUCACGUUUCCUUCGAGCUCUGAUGUUCCUAAUGUAGUUUCUGGUGGGGGAUUUUUUUCAUGGGGUACCAAAUUUAAGUACAGUGGACGUGUUGAACGGGAAAUAUUAGAAGAUGUGACAAUUACCAGAGAAUCUCCAACUGUAACACGUGUUGGUAGUCUUAGAAGAAAAUCAUCAAGUGAACCUCCUACGCCUUCUAAUCUUGUCAUAAACCAAGUUGCAGGAUUUAAUAGCCUUCCUCGUUCAUUAACAAACACUAGUGAAGAAUAUAAUGCUUCAAUAGAUUCAUCGAAUCAAAUUGAUAAUUCUUCAGUUUUGGAGACUUUAUUAGAAGACCAAGAGAUCAUGACAUCUAAAAUUGAACAAGAGGUCCAUCAUGAAGAAAUCUUGAAUGAUCAUUUACUGAUUGAUUUUACAACGGUUACAGACAGUUCACCAUUAAUCCAAUCUAUUUCGAAUCAGAUGUCUGGUCAAAAGCAUUUAGAAACUACUGCAAUUAGAAACAGUGGAUCAAGCUUGUCAUUCUUGCGACAGACUUUGCUGCCAGUAAUAUUUGCAUUAUUUAUGAUGGUUUUGAUUGUAGUUAUUGUUCUAGAAUCUGAUUUUGAUAUCAUUGCUACCAUAAGAAAAGCACCAGAAAUUGCUGCUUUCAAAAAGAAUUAUUAUGAACCUAGUAAAGACUUUUUAUUGCGGCGUUUUAUCAGGUCAAAGAUAUUUUAGUAAAUGAAUACUACUUGUUCAAUCACUUUUUAUAAUAGCUUUACACUCUAGAGUAAGAUGCAUAAAAAUUGAUUUAAAAUUAAGUUCAAGGUGAUGGAGUUUAUUAGGUACCAAUUUGACAUUGUUAAUUAAAAUUAAAUGUCUAUUACUGGGUUGCAUAAACAAUCACUAAGUAAACAUUUAAUGUAUACAUUUUAAACUAUUGGUCCUUUUAAUAUGAUUUAAUGCCCCGAUAUUGGUUCAUUAAAUUUUGGUGAAAUAUUAAAUUAAUCAAUUUUUAUGCAACUCGUCAUAUGUGUGCUCAACAUUUUAAUGACUUCAUUUUCAAGAAUUUGAUCAAAUUAUAGCAUUUACAAUUAUUUUUCUUUUUUAAGAAAUAGUUCACUUAGAUAUAUGCAUUUAUCUAAUCAAAUCGUCCCAAUGAAAUUUGUGAUUUUAUAAUGAUUUUGAGCUUUUACAAUUUUAAUUAUCUUAACAUUUUGUGUUUUGAUUAUUACAGAGCUUUUGUUAUUAAUUUAAGUGUUUAUGUGUUGUACUACUGCAUAAGAGUUUUUCUAUGCUAAAGGUGCCACUGAAGUUUACUACAUGUACCGAUAAAUACGAAUUUUUUUGUAAAUAAUACAUUUUGGUGUUGGUACUAUAUGAAAUAUUGGUGCUUAAAUCUUUAUCAAGUUAGUAAUAUACAGUGUAUUUAUACUAAGAGACACUACUACAUAUUUCAACUAAUUGGGUAUUCAAAGAGUUUAAAGAGUAUUAUAUUACAAAUUUAAAAAAAUUUAAGUAUUUAACCCUUAAAGUAUACAUAUGCAAUACGACUUACAUUAAAAAGCUUUACAGAUAUACAAUAUACUAUUACAAACUGCAUAAGUGUAUAUUUAUUUUAUAUCUUAUCUUUGUACAUUAUCGUGGAUACCUUUAAAAUUAACAUGGUUAAACUAUUACUAUAAAUAAUGAUUAUUCAUACAUUUUGAUUUACUCUAACUUAAUCAAUUUUGAUGUUAGAGAGACUUCUUAGUAUACAUACAUUUUAUUAAAAAAUAGUCUUAACAUAAUAUGUUCAUAAAAAAAAUACUGUAACAUUAAAAAUAAGUUGUAUUAUACAAGUGCAUACCAUAGGGAUAAAAAUUUAAAAUUUUUUCAAAUGUGUAUUUUUAAUUUUUCAAGAACCCAUUUCAGUCCAAUGUCUUUUAGCUGAAAUAUAUAGUAGCCUCUCUUAGUGUAAAAAUACUGUAUAGUUUGUAGUAUGUUCCAGAAAUACUUACCACCAUACAAUGUUUCCAAAUUGAACAAACGCAUUUUUCAUAUAUUCUAAAUAUAAUUUUUGGUUAGGUGUAAGAUUGAUAUUUUUUGAAUAAUUUACUUAAUACUAAUCAGUGUUUCCUAUUUAUAUAUACCUCUAGUUCAUCAUGUAUUUUAAUUAAUUAGGAAAAAUAAGAAUGCUUAACCUUAUGACAACUUUAUUUUUGUCUUACUAUUUUCUUAUGGUGUAGACUUGAAUACUUUAUUGUUGGCAUUUUUAAAAAUAUGUUAGAAAGAUAUUUAUUAUUUAGCCAACAUUUUUAUAUUUGAUUUAUUCAUCUUUUUGUAGUGCAAGUUAUUGAAUGUGGUAUAAAAUACUAGUCUUUUUUAGGUAAGAUGACUUUAUUUCCUAUAAGUAAAAUGAUUAUAUUUUUGUAGUUUUCAUUUCACUCCCCGCCUAACUAUUACAGUGGAAAAUUUUUAUAGGAAUAAUCUUUGAUCCCAGAUUAAAAUAUAUACCUAAUACCUGUAGGUAACAUUUGUAUUAAUUAACUUAACAUCUUGAUAACAUACAUUCCUUUCAGCUCUAAUGAUUUCAAUUAUAUUGAUUUUGUUUUAAUAUUAUUUUAUAACUACAUUUAAUUUUAAAAUAUAUCACUUACAUUUUAUUAUAUUUUUUUUUUAAUAAUAUUAAUGGAUUAAUGUAAAAUAUUAAAAAUGCAUUAAUUCUUAAUAAUUAUAUUUCUAGUUUAUAUUAUACUAUUUUUCUUAGUACUUUUCUUUAAUUAGGUAUUUUGAAAUAUAAUUCAGGUGUUGGGUUUAAAUAGUAGUAGUUAAAUUAAGGGUUUUUGCUCAUACAAUCUUAGAAUUUUGGUGUUAAGGUUAUGUAUAAUUUUAAAUUAUUAUAAUUCUUAUAUUUUCAUUUCGAUCCAAAAUCUACAUAUCACCUGUCAUUCAGUCCGGCCGAUUUCAUAAACUAUUGACUAUUAUGUCUUGUUACCAAACAUUCCAACUAAAAACGUGAUCUCUUAAAACCAAAAUCUAACAAAAAACUUAAUGAUGAACUUCAAAAAGUUGUGUUUGAAUUUUUAUUAUUCAUUGAAUACAAAUUAUAACUAACACAAUACAUAUAUUAUUAUUAUUAUUAUUAUUAUUAUUGAUAUAAACCACUAUUUUUCUACAUUUUUGUACUUAAAAUUCUUUU